UUCAGGAGUCUUAUGGCUUGGGGGUAGAAGCUGUUUAGAAGCCUCUUGGACCUAGACCUGGCGCUCUGGUUAAUAGCAACCGCCACUGCUGAAGGUUUCAUUUUUGUUUAGUCAGGAUAUUGAAAUAUUCCAAGCCCUAGUUAGAGCCCAUAACAAGGACCCAGAGUAUAGAUAAUGCCUGGAGUUUUUCUUGGUCAAAUAUUCCUGGCCCUAUUCAUAGGGUACAUCUACAGUAUGUGUUGUGUUAGUGCACAGGUCCUCCAGACAUAGUUUAAAUUCACUGUUUGAAUCAUCAUGAAGAUAAGUUGUUUAGGCCUUAUCAUUUAUGGCGCUUUGUUUGUGACUAUCUUUGUAUAUUAAAACAAAUAGCUGUAAAAUACCUCUUUGCAUAACAGGGACAUGGUGAUACAGUAUUUGUGAGGAUGGGGGUUGUCUUGUUUGUUGUUCUACUUGAUCAGCUAAAACAAACUGACAUUGCAACACCAAGACAAAGGUUACAAUCGCUUCUUCCCAGCAGUGGAGGAAGUGUUCAGAAGGUGAGAUAUUAGGCAACCAUCCCACUUGACACAGAUAUGUUGAAGGUUGCUUUAACCCAUGGUGUUUCCUAUUGUGACGUGAAGCUGAGGCUGAAGUCCAGUCGUGACUGGCCUGUAGAGGCUGUGUGGAAGGGACUGGUUGGCAGCCUGGGUGGCCUUGUUUGUUCUCUCUCUCUCUCUCUCUCUCUCCCAUAUAGUGCUAUCAAAGUACAAUGUGUGUAUAACGGUUUAUGGUCACAGAGCGCAGCACACAAACACACACAGUGGAACAGUAACAGUGAAGGAACUUCCCGUUAGAAGAUGCAGAGUUUUGGGACAUGGACUGUAGCAGUAGCAGCAGCACUGGUGAUCAGUCUGAUGGGAGUACACACUAAACACCUGGUAGCUGAGAACACCCAUCUCCUGACCUCUGAAGAGCACAAGAUGGUCCUCAACCAGGGAAUGAAAGAGUACCCCAGGGACUGCUAUGAGAUGUUGAUGGGUUCAGGGGGUCAGGCCAGAGAUGGAGUGUACUUGAUUCAGCCAGCUGACUACCCCAUCCUGGCCUACUGUGCCAUGCAAGAUGGUGGUUGGACCGUAGUGCAGCACAUCACGGUUAACAGCAGCGUGGACUUCGACCGCACCUGGGUCGAAUACAAGCAGGGGUUCGGGGUGCUGAAUGGUGACCACUGGCUGGGGAACGAACACCUCCACCAUCUCACCCGAGGGCCAGGACGCUACAAGCUGGGGGUCAAGCUGGUGGACAAAGAUGCCGUCGCCAAGAUUGGCGAGUAUGACCCUUUCAUGGUGGAGGACGAGCGGUCUGGGUUCAGGCUGCGUCUUGGUCUGUUCCAGGGCUCUGCCUUAGACGCUCUCACCCAGGACACAGAGAACUACCUGCAUGACAACCAGAGGUUUACCACCAAGGACCGAGACAAUGACAACUACUUCCAAAACUGUGCUAAGCUGGAGUUCCAGGGUGUGGCGGGAGGGGGCUGGUGGUACGACGCCUGUGCUGGGGCCAACCUCAACCGCAGGAACGUGAUCUACUGGCAGAAGGACUGCAACAAAGAGCACCUGUGUAAAUACGCCUGGAUGAUGGUAAAGCCCUCAGACACAGUAAAGGUGGUCCACACUGGGGACUGUAAGAAGGAUGAACUGUGAGUCUGUUGUCUGGAGAUUAGGUUGAUCCAUACCAUCUGUGGUUAUUCUAACGCAGUGGUUCUCAAAACAUUGUUUACGUAAUAGAGACAAUAGUUCAACACAUUUAAUUCAGAAAUACAUAGAGACAUAUAAUCACAAAAUGCUGUAAAGGAAACAGUUCAGUAUCAACUGAUUUGUCACACUUUUUUUUUAAGUAAUAAAAAAAAAGCUAUAGUUAUUUUGGGGACUUCAUACACUUAAAUCUCCCCCUCUACCUUUCCCCCAAAACUGUAUGUCUAAAUGAUCACAGACCACAUUUUGUGGCCAUUACAUCAUAGCUUAUUACACAUGUAAAACCACUUUUGCUGUAUUUAUUUACUCACCUAAUAUCACUGAACGAAUGUGUUGGUUGUUGGCACAAAAAAACAAGAUAUACUGGAUCGAAAUAAGAUUCAAUCCAGUAAGUUUACAGUAGAUUUUCUGAUGACACAUUUGAUUAAAUAACUAGAUUUGAACAGUUUUUGAUUGUUCUGGUCAAUUGAAAUUCUGUAAAUGUAAUGUUUAGCAAUGGGGACAUGAGAAUUAUACAGCACAGAAUGACCAAAACAAAAGCCUGUCUCCUGAGUACAGACAGAUGUUAAACACAUUCUAAAGAAUACAUGACACAGAACAGUGCAUGAAUCAAAGCCUACGGUCUCCCACUCAGUAUGGAUGUAAAUGUUGAGGGCUGUCACUGUACUGAGUGACUUAUAGUGACCCUGGACAGAUUAAAUCACUCCCUGAUAUGAUCCCAUGCUUAGGCCUGAACUGAACCCACUAUGAUUGAUUAAAGGCUAAUCCUUAUCUGACAAGUCAUUUGUCAGGUGUAUACUUUAUGCGGAAGUGUCCCAUAAACUAUUGCAUGAAAUCACGUGUUUUACACAGUUUAUGUGCAGAUUAAAGCUGCUGAGUUGAGAGUAAGACUAAUCGUUAAAUAGAAUUUGAUAUCGCAAACUCAGCAUUUACUUUAAUCAAAUCUCUUCCCCUCUGUUUCUGUGGUGUCUGGAUUCAUUUGGAUUCAGGGAUGAAUACAUUUGUACUGUAUAUGUGUUUGUGCUUGUGUAUUGGUGGAAAGAUUGGCUGUUGAAUGUUUGAUUAUUAGUAUCUGACAAAAGUCAAUGGUACAUGUGAACAAGGCUUUGAUGAUCAGAGUGUACAAUCAUUUGUUAUCCAGCUCACUCUGAAAUCAAGUCAAGAACUGUGAUAGCCCUUAAAAUAAACACAAUGUAGUCUAACAUAAUGCCUAGAAAACAUUCAGAACAUGUUUUUCUAUAAAAUAUCUCUAACUUU